CAAUGGCGUCAUCUGUGAUGAAAUCUUUACUUAUCCUACGGCCACUCGAUAUAUAUCUGGCGUGAGAGCAGCAACGGCAGUAGGUUUGUGUGCCUGCGGUACCGAUAACGCUUAAGAGUGCACAAUUAAGCAGCGUUGACCAUGUGGGUGGGAAGCAAGACGCUCGGCCGAAGUGCUUGGCGCUGCACGUCGGGCGUUCGGCAUGCCAGCGCGAAGGCCGGCGCGCCGGUGACGCUGCGCAUUCCGCAGGGCUCUCUGCGCGGCAAGACGCAGCUGACGCCGGCCGGCAGGGUGUUCCGCAGCUUCCUGCGCAUCCCCUACGCGAAGCCUCCCGUCGGGAGGCUCAGGUUCCAGCCACCAGAGCCACCUGAAUCAUGGAAUGGUGUCAGAGAUGCCACAACUUUUGGUGAGGUGGCACCACAGAUCAACUUACUGACUGGCUCUUGCAGAGGAAAUGAAGACUGUCUUUUCCUUAAUGUCUACACAUCAACAACAGAAGAGAACUCAGGGGAUCUGAAACCCAUCAUGGUGUGGCUACAUGGGGGAGGUUACAUCAUGGGCUCUGGAAAUGCAGAUUUUUAUGGUCCAGAGUAUCUCCUUGAACAUGAAGUUGUAUUGGUCACAUUAAAUUAUCGUCUUGGUGUUCUUGGUUUCCUUAGCACUGGGGACUCUGUUGUUCCUGGUAAUAUGGGGCUAAAGGACCAAGUAAUGGCACUACAGUGGGUCAAAGACAACAUUGCUCUUUUUGGAGGUGAUCCUGAUAACGUGACAGUGUUUGGAGGAAGUGCUGGAGGAAUGUCAUCUGAGUAUCUUAUGCUUUCACCAAAAGGCAAAGGUUUACUGCAUCGUGCAGUAUCACAAAGUGGAGUGGCCAUUGCGGACACAGUUUGCAACACAGAUGUUCCAGAAAGGGCAUUUCGUCUAGCAAAGUACCUUGGCCUCUCCACAAACAAGUCAGCUGAGCUACUGGACUAUAUGAUGAAGGUCCCUGCAAAGACUCUAACUGAAAAACAGUACAAAGGAUUCUCAGAAAAGGACAAAGCACGGAUUUUAUAUUUUCCAUUCUUGCCCACUGUGGAAGAUUCAGUACCUGAGGGUGAUGCAUUCAUUAAGAGGCAUCCACUGGAAAUUCUUAAAAGUAAUGACUAUUUACCAGUGCCCUAUCUGCUUGGCAUAAAUGAAAAGGAAGGCUUAAUUUAUUUGAAAGACAUAUUAGCAAAAACUGAAGUACUGUCAUUCCUGGAUAAGAAUUUCAAGUACCUUGUACCCACUGACAUAGCUGACAAAAUAAAGGAUGUUACACCUAUAUCUGAAGCUAUAAGAACUUUCUACUUCAAAAAUGAAAGGGUAUCAGAGUCCACACUUGAUAUAUUGCUUAAUGUGCAUGUCACUCUGAUGAAACUGCCUACCUCUUCAAAAACAAUGCCAUGCCAACAGAAGUCAAACCCCAUUCUGCAGAAGAAACUGCUAUAGCGAGGAUGACAAAACUGUGGACAAAUUUUGCUAAGACUGGGAACCCAACUCCUGAGGAUGACCCACUGCUGACUGCUAAAUGGCCUUUAUUUAAUGCAAAUAAUCCAGAAUACCUCAACAUCAGCCAUACAGGAUUGGAAGUAGGAAGCAACUUGUUGCAAGAACGUAUGUCAUUUUGGGAAGAUCUCUACAACAAGCUGAAUUUGUGAUAAUAUAUGCUUAUGACUGAUAUGGUAAUGAAAUAACUCUGUAAGAACACAAGACUGUAAUAUUUACUAAACAAUGUAAAGACAUUACUUGACCAACAAAAAAGCCUGAGGAAUGUAAGAUGAUUUGGGAUCAGGUGAAUGACUCACAAUCUGACCACUUAUUUAUGUAAGAAGAAUCAUAUAAAAUGACUCUUAACAGCAGUUUAAAUAUGUAUAUUUCUUACAUAGUUUGUUAUGUGCAAACAUAUUACUAAUAUAUGAAAGUUUAUAUGUGAGGAAAUAAAAAAAGUAACUGCCUCUGA